CGAGCGAGAGAAAGAGAAAGGCGCUGCCGACCGAUAACUCUUGCGAGGGUGCCCGGGAUCUGUAAAUAAACGCACGAGUCUUUCCUCCUUUUUUUUGUCACCCUUUCGGGGUAUCUCUCUGACGUGUCGCGCGCGGCAAGGAAAGACGCGCGGGCGUGGCCGCGCGAGGGGUGCGUGCGUGCGUGCGGUUAGCUCGCGUCAGCGCGCGACGUGUGCGCGUCGUCGCCCAUCGUGCGGACGUACCCGGAGUCGAUGAUACCAUCGACGGCGACGGCGGAUGUACGGUGAACGUCGAUCGGCUAACUACGCCAUCAGGCUGCCGCCAGCAAGAGGGGAGGACGUCUGUCUCGCGUGCCAGCACACAUCAAUGGUUCAGCUGGGAUGCCGGCCAUGGAAUCUCAGUUUGACGAGCGUGAUCAUCCUGGCGCUGUCGAACAUGCUGCUGACGUUUUUGCUGCUGCAAUCGGAGACCUGCGCGCCGGAAGCGAUCCCGCGGGAAGUGGAGGUGAGCGCCGUCACCGAAUGGAAUCUCGGCACCCUCGUCAAGCACGAGCAACAGUCGGAAUGCAUCACCCAGGAUUACCAGCCCACGUCACCUGACGCUAACAGUCUCAAGCUGGAUAUUAAGCUCGGCAGAUGGGACGCCCGGCGAAUAUUCCGGACGUUCGACUCGGUGCUGGUCGGCAACAGAUUCACCGAGCUCUCGCAAACUUAUCGGGUAUGUCUGGCUACCCAGAGCUCCGUGGAGAAGUUACAUUCGCUGGUACAGGUCGCCCUGCACUGGACCGGGCCGAUGUCCGUCGCGCUCUAUGCCGCCGGCGACGAAGAGUUCGAGGUGUUGCAGCGUUACCUGGUGUACCUGAGGAGAUGCUACGAGUCUAUCAGAGAGAGAGUGGUCUUCUCCCUAGCCGUGCCAAGGAUGCGAACGCCCAAGAAGCAACCGCGCGUCUUUGAACUACCGGACAUCGUCGACUGUGCCAAACCGGAAGCCACGCUCAACGAGCUCAUGACCCGCGUGCCCAACGAGCAGACCAAUUGGCGGAUACGGAACGUCUAUCCGCAGAACCACAUGCGGAACCUAGCGCGCAAAAACUGCCAGACGGACUACGUGUUUCUAACGGACGUCGACAUCGUGCCGAGCUUCAAUCUGACGAUCGUACUCGACGAGUUCCUCAGAAAUGACAACUGUGAUAAGUGCGCCUAUGUAAUACCCACGUACGAGUUGGACACGCGCGUGAGGUUUCCCCCAAAUAAGACGGAGCUGAUCAGGCUCGCCAGGAAAGGCUUGGCCAGACCAUUCCACCAGAAAGUUUUCAUACACAAUCAGUUUGCCACGAAUUUUACAAGGUGGCUGCAGGACGUGUCACCGAACCAUCUACAUCAUGAAAAUGUAAAGACGGGCAAGGUCUACAUUAGUCACGAUGUGACGAAUUUCGAAUUUCUUUAUGAGCCAUUUUACGUGGCAAAGGAUAUCGUGCCACCUCACGAUGAAAGGUUUAUGGGAUAUGGAUAUACGAGGAAUACCCAGGUUUACGAGAUGUACGUGACGGGUUAUCAGUUCAAGGUGCUAUCGCCGGUAUUUACGGUCCACUGGGGACUGCAGACCAGGAAGACCAGGCCCGCUUGGCGCGAGCGUCAAAACAGUGCCAACAGAAAGCAAUUCGAGACGUUCAAGAAGGAGGUGUUCGCUCGUUACAUGCGAGAUCCGUUGAAAAUGAUGAAGAACACUAACUGACGCAAGGCUCAUCGAGGGGUCUCAUUGACUUAAGACUCCUCCGUCGUUCACGUUCGUCCUUAGGCUCAACAUCGAGGUACCCAGAGUAGAAUUAGGCCUCUGACUACUGUCAGUGCUCAUCACGUAAUGUAGUUAAUAGAUUCGAAAUGUUUCACACAUGAUCGAACAAGUCAACGAAGAAUUCGCCCGUCUAACGUUUCUUUCUUUAUCUUCUACUAUUAUUUCAUGUAACGUUACAGUGUAUCAUAUAGAUCCUUGUAAUUUUUCUCUCUCAGUUUUACACUUAAUUUUAUAUGAAUCUGACUUAAGGAAUCACUUUUCUAUUUAAUGAUAUUCCAUUUAUAUGUUACAUAAAUUUAAGAAGUAUUAAUACAUUCGAAUAUUCUAAAGCACGUUUACGCAGAAUGGAUAGAAAUUUUUUGCCGAAGGCUGGUCGAUCUUAUCCUUCGGAGCGGGAACAAUAGUGAAACCGUAUUAAGCGCAACGAUGGAGUGCUCCGGUAUGCUCGAGAGAACAGAUGCCAGAUCGAGUAACCGCGAUCGGCGGAUUCGCGCUACUUAUCGAACCUUCCGGUUCAGCGAUUCGGCUAGACGGAAUCAACCGCGAGAGCUCUUGUUACUUCCACUCACGAUUUCCCAAAGUCAUCAGAGACCCGCCAUGCGGGGAUCGCGGAAUAAAUAUCUCGUCGUGAGUUUCGCGGCACGUACUCGCGCACGACGAGCGGGAAAACGAGGGCAGGGGAUCUUAAGUGAGCGUACCUCGUUAGCUGUCUGGGGCUUAAGAGGGUGGCGUUUAAAUCCAAAAUCGAUACUCCGCUUGACGCUACUGGCGUAGCACCCCGAACGUAAAAUAAACAAAUGGCAUAAACUAUCACCGUAGCGUAUCGUUUCGGAUUUGUAUUGAGAGAAGGAAGACGCGAAUUGUAAUUUAUGUAUGAGAUGUCUCAAGUCGCAGUUCCUUCUCGAUCGAUGGAUUCUUUAUCUAAUAUCCAAGUUAAUUUUUUUUCCUAACAAAAACUGGCACCAAUAAUCUUUUAAUUAUAGAAUUUUUACGGCUUAGAAAACUUUAUGAAUUGAAGAUUAGGAUGAAAAUAGACAAUAAAAAUUUUCAGAAGGUAAUACUUUGGCCGAAUUUUAAUUUAAGGUACGAUUAGACUAGACACUUUCACGUAAUUAAGUCGACUUGAAAUAAUUUGUAGAUAACGGGAAAUAAAAAGAAUUUGAGAUACUACCGUGUAUAAUCGAGUGGAGAAUAGCAAAUAUGGAGUGAAUGGAAAGUAAUAAUUUUACAUCGUCGAAACACAUCGCGCCCAACGAGUCAAAGGAUCGACGAUAUACGUGUGACAUCCCGAGGCGUAAUGCACGCGUUUCAUUUAGCAAUAUAAUCAAGCCGCUUCGCAGGAUGCGCGCUAUGUCUUUACCUUAAUAUCGCCAUAUUUGCUUUACGUUACGAACUUACAGGAUUAAUUAUGUUGGACGAGAUGUCACGAGAUUUGCAGGCACGUAUGCGCGGAUGUGGUCUCCAUUUGCUCGCGCGUUGUGUAAGCUCAACAGCGACAACGAUUGCUCAAUAAAUAUCACCGUUGACAACGUUUUAUCCGAUUGAUCCUUAGAUAACAUGCUCUCAUUCGCUCUUUUAACUGACAUGGUAUAUGCUUUUUUCAGAUUUUUGUUCUAAUAACGACUUAAAUAAAAUUUUAUUUUAUUGUUCAUGCUUAAGAAAGCUUGCAAUAAAAAACGUAUAAAGAGGAAUAUAUAUAAUUUAUAUAAAUAUAAAUAAAAAAUAUAUAUUUCAAGUGUAUAAGAUUUUUUUAAAUGUAUUUUAACUUUUAAAACUACAAGAUGAAACUGCCGAUGUCAGUUAAGAGUCGAAAUGUCAACGUUUAAUUUAAGACACAGAGUUAUCUUUAUAUUGUAAUGUUUUUACUGAUAGAUGUAUAAAAUAUAGUGUAUAGAUGGUGUUGUGAAAUAAUAAAAUAUAAGAGAAUUAUAAAA